AUUUUUUUAAAUUUUUCUUACUCGUAUUUUCAUUCUUUGUGACUUACAAACAGACUUACAAAAUGGGGUCGUCAGAAAAGUACGAGAAGACACCAAAGUCAUUAAUGGCUUCCCACCCUUACUUCAAAUCGGAAUUUUGGCAAUUCAACGAUGAAUCGUGGAAUUCGAGCACACCCAGAGUAUCAGCUUGUUCUUUUCUCAUGGGCAUUUGUCUUAUAGUAAUGGGAUCCACUACAGUUUACUUCUUCAGGGAUCAUUUGCCCGUAAGCGACGAUCCUUUCCACAAUCAUCUAAGGAUCACGGGCAUAAUUUUUCUUAUGUUUGGCAUCCUGGUCAUCUUCUGUUCGGUCUUGGUCUGUAUACUUACUUGUACGUGCUCUAAAACCGUUAACAAUGACGAAGCGAACAUCAGCGAUAGCCAAAUGGACGCCAUUUUUACCACUAGCGGCCAUCUUCAGAAGGAAAUAUCGAGCAGCUCUGAUCCUUUAUCCGAAUGCAUAAUUAAUCCCGGUUAUUUACCAGACAGUCUCGAUGUCUGUCCCCAACAAAAUACUGUCACCGACUCCAUAUUUACGUAUUCCGAGUCAGAUUCGAGUUACAAGACAGAAUAUGGAUUUAAGUAAUGGCGAGUUACGCGGUUACUGGCUGCUAAAUUCAUUUAAUGAUAAAUACGAUAGUUUAUCAUCCCGAAUCGAUGAAAAAUUUAUUAAUUUAGCACAAAUUACCGUCACGUAUAUUCGCGUCACACAGUUAAUUAACAUUGUUAAUAUUCUAAUUCACUUCGUGAAGUUGACGUUCAUCAUGUUGUUAAUAUAUU